GCUGUGUAUCACGCCGCUGUUGAAGAACUACUCAAACCUUUAUAAAGAAAUGCAGCCGUUGAAACUCAUACAGGACCUCAAGAAAAUAUUAUAUUUCAUGUAAAUGUUCAUAGUUUUGUUUGUCUAUGUAAAUCAAAAUAAUACGAAAACGGUUGCGUAAAAAAAGAGUAGAAUAUAGAUCCGCGGAUGUAGAGAUUCAAACACACUUGUUGCUCUUUCCGCAGGAAGUGAAGCACGUCGUUAGCUGAGUUGGUUUUCUGGAUGCAGCUUCUAAACUAAACCUUUUCGAUAUUUGACAUAACUAUCACCUAUAAUGACUGGCGGCAGCUUUGGAUAUGCACAAUUUACAAAUGGACUAAUUUGCUUUUGGCGGACAUCAAUAAGGGAUAUAUGUAUCCAACUCAUGGAUGGCCUCUUAUCCACUACAUUUUUGAUGGGCAAAGUUUAGAGACAACGGGACAUAUAUUUCUGGAUCAAGGAAGUACUCCUUGCCAAAGGACUUUGAAACAUGCCCUUGCCAUUCGGCUUAAAACUCAAAAGAACUCGAAGGUAUACUGUCUCAAGCAAGAGCUGUCUGGUCACCCGCAUUCAGCUGCUCAAUGGUGAAUUUGUUGAGUUUACUCUUUCUGUGGAGAGCACCGGCCAGGAAUGUUUGGAGGCAGUUGCACAGAGACUUGAGUUACGAGAGAUAACGUACUUCAGCCUAUGGUACUUCAACAAGCAGAACCAGCAGCGAUGGAUCGAUCUGGAGAAGCCCCUGAAGAAGCAGCUGGACAAGUACGGCCUGGAGCCCACCGUCUACUUCGGAGUGGUCUUCUACGUGCCCUCCGUAGGCCAGCUGCAGCAGGAGAUCACUAGAUAUCAGUAUUAUCUCCAGUUGAAGAAGGAUGUUCUCGAAGGCCGAAUCCCUUGCUCCAUAGAACAGGCCAUCCGCCUGGCUGGCUUGGCAGUGCAAGCUGACUUCGGAGACUUCAAUCGUUACGAUUCACAGGAGUUUCUUCAGAAGUUUGUGCUCUUUCCUAUCGGCUGGAUCCAGGAUGAGAGAGUACUGGAAGAGGCCACUCAGAAAGUGGCUGUGCUUUACCAGAACUACAGGGGGUUGCCUGCCCCAGAGGCUGAGAUGUUGUACAUGCAGGAGGUGGAGAAGAUGGAGGGCUAUGGCCAGGAGAGUACCCCAGCCAAGGACAGCCAAGGCACUGAUAUCCUCCUUGGGGCCUGUCUGGAUGGCAUUUUUGUCAAGCACAAAAACGGCAGGCCACCCCUUGUAUUCAAGUGGAAUGAAAUUAACAACAUGACUCACAAUAAGUCCUUCUUUGCCCUGGAGCUGACCAACAAAGAGGAGAGCGUGCAGUUCCAGACCGAAGACCUGGAAACCUCCAAAUAUGUGUGCCGGAUGUGUCUGGCCAGGCACAAGUUUUAUAAGAUCAACAAGAGCAGCCUAGAGGAGUCUGACCCCCCUUCGCCUUCUGAGGGCUCCCAGAAGUCCAUUCUCACUCUUUCCUUUCCUCGCUUUCCUUUUCUGCCUUCUAACAAGGGCCAAACCCAGCCUACUGCUGUGAACCCGGUGAGACGCCGAUCCUCCACCAGGAUGUCUCUGCCAAAGCCCCCGCCCUACAUGUUGCCCCCGCCACAGAUGCACUACAAUGGUCACUUCACUGAGCCUUACACAUCCUCACAAGACAACCUGUACAUGAACAGUCAGCACGGCUACUACUACCACUCCCAGACCAGCCUGGACCGCUCACCACUCGAAUACGGCAACAGCGGCGGUGGGAACGGGCGGCUGCGUAACGGCAGCGUGUACAGUGCCCACAGCACCAGCUCCCUCACCAACCCCCAGCACUACAUGCAGCCCUCGCCCAUGUCCUCCAACCCCUCCAUCACAGGAAGUGACAUCACCCGGCCCGACUACGUGCCCUCGCACCGCCACAGCGCACUCAUCCCCCCCUCCUACCGUGCCACCCCGGACUACGAGACGGUCAUGAGGCAGAAGAACCGGGGAGGUGGAGGGGGCAUGGUGCAUGGCCACGAGCACCGCCAGAGCCACUCCAUGAGGAACCUGAACAUUGGGAACUCGUAUGCCUACAGCAGGCCGGACCCCCUGGUCUACAGCCAGCCGGAGAUCAGAGGAGAGCAUGGUGGAGGAGGAGCGCACCACCACUACCCCUUCCAUCUCAACUCCAGCUUCCACAGCCCCUCGCCAUACCCCUACCCCACGGAGAGGAGGCCGGUGGUGGGGGCGGUUAGUGUGCCCGAGCUGACCAACGUCCAGCUGCAGCAGGCGCAGGAGUAUCCUGCGGCCAAUAUCAUGAGGACCCAAGUGUACCGCCCUCCACCCCCCUACCCAUACGGCGCCCACCCACGGCCCGCCAACAGCACGCCGGACCUGUCUCGCCACCUGUAUGUGAGCAGCAGCAACCCGGACCUGAUCAUUACGCGGCGCGUUCACCACUCGGUCCAGACCUUCCAGGAGGACAGUUUGCCUGUAGCCCAUUCCCUGCAGGAGGUAUCCGAGCCCCUGUUCCUGGCUGGACCCCCACAACACCACCCCCACCAACACAACGCACACAAACGCAACUCCAUCGAGAUUGCCGGCCUGGCUUACAGCCUGGAGGGUAUGAGGGUCAAGGAAAGGACUGUAUCUGCCUCGGCCGCAGACACCCCCCCUCUGGCCCCACAUGGCCCCUCCUCAGGCUCCCAGCUCAACGUGUUCCUGGAGCGGACCAAGUCAGAGGACGGGGGGGAGGGGAAAGAGGACGUUCGCUACGGCCACAAGAAGUCCCUGUCAGACGCCACCAUGCUGGUGCACAGCAGCGAGGAAGAGGAGUUUGAGGAUGAGAGCGGACGCCACACCCCCCAAUCCCACGAUGCACUAUUGUCCGGGCCUGACCCGCAGCAGCUUCUAACAAAUCUGGGCCAGAUUUCCCUGGAGCCCCCGCCCGCAUAUCCCAUUGGCUCCUUCCUUGACCCUGUCCUGUCUGGCCUCCCGGCCUAUCAGGUGCACCCACUGAUCCAGGAGGCUGAGUCACUGUACCUGUUUGAGGGUGGGCAGACUGGCAGGAUGGUGCCCUCGAUGUCGGAUAGUGACAUCAGUGGGCAGAACAAACCGAAGACCAAGAAGGAUUUCAUCAAGAAGAGGCCUGUGUCAGACGUUCCUGCUGGGAAGAAACCCAUUGAUGGCCUGCCUCCUGCCGGCAUGAAGAAGCGGGCUGAGCUGAAGAAGAUGGGUCCUCUGAAGGUGGCGGCCCUCAACGGCCUGACCCUGUCCAGGCUGCCCAUGCACGAGGGGGGCAAGGACCAACCUGAGAAGGCCUCCAACGACGAGAGGUGUAAGGUGCUGGAGCAGCGUAUGGAGCAGGGCAUGGUGUUCACAGAGUACGAGCAGGUGGCCAAGCGGCGUCCGGCAGGCGACUGCAGCAUCGCCCAGCUGCCGGAGAGCGGCGAGAGGAACCGCUUCCAGGACGUGCUGCCCUAUGACGAUACGCGUGUGGAGCUGGUGCCCACCAAGGAGAACAACACGGGCUACAUCAACGCCUCGCACAUCAGGAUUACGGUGGGCGGAGACGAGUGGAGCUACAUCGCCUCCCAGGGCCCUCUUUCUAACACCUGUCUGGACUUCUGGCAAAUGGUGUGGGAACAGGGUGUGGCCAUAAUCGCCAUGGUUACAGCUGAAGAGGAGGGUGGCAGGGAGAAGAGUUUCCGCUACUGGCCACGGCUGGGCUCUCGCCACAACACGGUGACAUACGGACGCUUUAAAAUCACCACGCGCUUCAGGACGGACUCGGGCUGCUAUGCCACCACGGGCCUGAAGAUCAAACACCUGCUGACAGGCCAGGAACGCACCGUAUGGCACCUGCAGUACACAGACUGGCCCGACCACGGCUGCCCCGAGGACUUCAAGGGCUUCCUCUCGUACCUGGAGGAGAUCCAGUCAGUGAGGAGACACACCAACAGCACCAGCGACCCAAAGAACACCAACCUACCCGUGCUGGUCCACUGUAGUGCUGGAGUGGGCCGCACCGGGGUGGUCAUACUCACUGAGAUUAUGAUCGCCUGUCUGGAACACAACGAGAUGCUGGACGUCCCGACCGUCCUGAACAUGCUCCGGCAGCAACGCAUGAUGAUGGUGCAGACCAUCUCACAAUACACCUUCAUUUACAAAGUUCUUAUCCAGUUCCUUCGCAACUCCAGGCUAAUCUAAGCGCAAACCUCAGCAGCCCCCCCCCCAAAGGUUUGUGUCGGCCACGAGGAGGCAUCUGUGGCCUUUAGCUCCAAAAUGGUGGUGCUGGUGGAUGGUCCUUUUUCGAAGUGUUAAUGGAGGCGAGACUGCGAUAAAACUUGACAAUGAAAGGAUCGCAUGACUUUGUGCGUGUCCGCCUCUUGAAGAGUAUUAUUAAGAUUUCACUGUAGGAUUUUUUUACACUACACAAUUACUGACAUGAAACCCAGCACUUGAAACCCAGACAUGAAACCCAGCACUCUGAUUAUUGUAUAUCAAUAUCAUUAAUUACAGAUAUUUGUUUAUCACAGAUUUUAGUUUUGACGAUUUGUGUGCUGUGCUGGAUGAUGGUCUUUAUAAAGAAGGACUUGACUAAUGUUUUGAUUGAGAAUUCCUGGAGGAAGUUAAAAUCACACUUUGAUUA